AUGAUGAAGUUCAAGUCCAAGAGGUUUGGGAUUAGAUUUGGAUUUGGUAAAAGAAUCAACAACAAAGGCACACAACAAGAUCAGCAACAAAAGGUGUUUGGUAAUAAUAACAACAACAAUAGUAGUAGUAGCUGCAGCAACUAUGAGAUCAAAUGGGAGCUUAGGCCAGGAGGUAUGCUUGUUCAAAAGAGACAAGAAAGCAUUGGUGAAGACUUAAUCUCCAUUAGAGUCUCUACUUUUGCUCAUUCUCAUGAUCUCUCCAUUGAAGCCACCUCCACUUUUGGAGAACUUAAGAUGGUAUUAUCAUUGCUUACUGGAUUAGAGCCAAAACAGCAAAGGCUAUUAUUCAAAGGAAAAGAAAGAGAGAAUGAUGAAUAUCUACACAUGGUUGGUGUUGGAGAUAAAGACAAAGUUUUGUUGUUAGAAGAUCCUGCCUUCAAAGAGAAAAAGCUUCUUGAUCUUAACAACAUUUCCACUUCUUGUCCCACUAUAAUCGUGUAA